UUUCCCUUUAAAUGCCGCCGCCAUCGCGUUUUUCCCCGCCCGGCCCGUCCCUCCGCGUUGCCGGGGCAGCGGGGCGGCGCAGCGGGGCAGGAAAACUCACGUGAGAAAGCCACCUGACAGGUCCUUGUGGCUGGACACCAUGCCUCUUCCAGAAACCAUGUUCUGUGCUCAGCAGAUCAAAAUCCCCCCAGAGCUACCUGAUAUUCUGAAGCAGUUUACUAAAGCUGCCAUUAGGACUCAGCCUUAUGAUGUUCUGCAGUGGGCAGCUGCGUAUUUUUCAGCCUUGUCUAAAGGUGAACCCCUUCCUGUGAAGGAGAGGAUCGAAAUGUCUUUAGCAACAGAGAAAAAAGAUGCUGGUUUGACCCCAGGACUCCUUAAGGUCUUGCACAAACAGCUUUCUUCCAAAGGCACAGUGACUGUUGCAGAACUGAGGGAAAAAUGGAAGCAUUUGGGCUUGCCAGAGGAGCAGCUGGAAGCUAUCCUGCACUUGGACAGUUUUGGCGAGGAGGUGGAAUGGAUGAAGUUUCUGGUACUUGGGUGCAGUGUGCUUGGUGAGUCCUUACUGAGUUCAAUGAAACAGGCCUGUGAGAUCCUAACAAGAGACCCAGAAGGUGGAGCAGCUCGAAUUCCCUUCGAAACAUUCUCGUUCCUUUAUUCGUAUUUGGCCAGUAUUGAUGGAGAGAUAUCAGAGACAGAAAUUAACGCAUUCCUCAAGGGAAUUAAAGAGCAAGCGGACAAACACCAUGGCAUGGUGCUGAUCAGACACUUCCUGCCAUACUCCUUCAUAUUUUAUUGAUCAACCUUACUCUUCAGCAUGAGCAAAUAACUGUUCCAAGGUGCACAGCACAUUGGCAACAUUAGGCAACUUGGAAUCAGCUGCAGCAAAGACACAAGAUCCAUCUACUGAGAUACACUCAAUAUGUUUGCCAAGAGCAGAGCACUGAGGCUUUCCCAGAAGGAAAACAUCAUAAAGGACACCAAACUAGCAUUUUGUGAUGCCAGGUCUUUGCUGUGGCUUUUAAGAACAGUAUGAUGUCCACCAAAAGGAAAAAAAACCGCCACAACCAAUUCUGUUUGGCUUUCACCAAAACUCAUUUUGCCCUAUUUUUCUACCUAGUCUAAGUCUGAAUCCUCAGAGACUCCAUCCUAGCCUGGUCCCCAGGCUCGUCAUAAAACCCACAGAAAAAUGUCCAUGUAACUGGACAAACUGAAAGUUCUGUGCCAUA